CGGACCACAGAAGUAGUCUCUAGUUUCACGCGCCUUCACCUUUUUCGCUCAAAUCAACUGCAGCUACGAUGUCCGACGAGGAGGGAUCUGAAGAGUAUCUCUUCAAAAUAGUCAUUAUAGGAGACUCCGCCGUUGGCAAGUCCAACCUGCUCUCUCGAUAUGCUCGGGACGAGUUCAAUGCGCACUCCAAGACAACCAUAGGGGUUGAGUUCCAGACACAGUGCCUCAAGAUUGAUGGCAAGGAGAUCAAGGCUCAGAUCUGGGACACAGCCGGCCAAGAGCGCUUCCGUGCCGUCACCUCUGCAUACUACAGGGGAGCUUUUGGGGCUCUCCUUGUUUACGACAUCAGUCGGAGGACUACUUUCGAUAGCGUUUCUCGCUGGCUGGAUGAGCUUAAUUCACAUUGUGACAGUACUGUAGCAAGGAUGCUGGUGGGGAACAAAAGUGAUUUGGAAAAUAUCAGGGAAGUGACUUCAGAAGAAGGUAAAACCCUAGCAGAGGCAGAAGGAUUGUUUUUCAUUGAGACCUCUGCUCGUGAUUCUACAAAUGUCAGAACUGCUUUUGAGAUUGUUAUCCGUGAGAUCUAUAACAAUGUCAGCAGGAAGGUCUUACAUUCUGAUUCAUAUAAAGCUGAGUUGACACUUAAUAGGGUAAGCCUUGCAAAUGAUGAUAGCUCAAAGCAAACUCAGAACACUUAUUCUUGCUGUUCUAGAUGAGUUCUCUUUCUCUGUUCCAUUUGGUAAAAUGCCUCCUCAAAUUACCGUUUGUCCCACCUUGUGAAUUAUUUUCAACUUUCAAGUGUUUACGAGGAACGAAUAAGAGAAGUGAAAAUGAAGUUUUGGUUGUAACGUACAAUUCUAGCAUAUAUUGUUUGUUGGUUUGAGAUCAAAGCAUGGUAAAAAUGAAUUAUGUACUCUCGGUAUAAAGGCAUAGAAACAUAGCACUUUGUCUUCUUGUUUUACAUUUUGGUGGGGUGGUUCCAAGUUAUAUUCUUCUUGUGUACUUAGCCUUAUGGUACUUGUCCAAAGAUA